AUGCGUACCGCUUUCUUCGUCAGCGCUUUGGCCAGCACUGCCUUUGCUGGCAUUGUCACCCAGAUCUCGGACGGUCAGAUCCAGGCUCCUGUCACCGAGGCUGCUCCUUCUGUUGUUGCUUCAUCCGCACCCAGUGCCGCUGCCUCCGUCUCUUCUGCAGUUGAGUCGGUCUCGAGCGCUGUGGCAUCGAGUGUUGUUGCCUCCUCUGUUGCUUCGGUCGCCGAAUCGAGCGCUGAGGUCGCCCCUGUCGCUACUUCUUCGGCCCUCUCUACUCGCAUGCCUGUUCCUAUCAUCAACGCUACCACAGCCACCGCCGUAUCGGGUGUCAGCACCGCUCCUGUAGCUGUCGUCCCCUCCGCUGGCGUGAGCAGUGCCAUCGCUGGCGGCAGUUCGUCCAACGGUACUGUCUCUAGUCAGAGCCUGAAGGCAUCCUCUACUCUUGCCUCCUCUACCAAGGGUGGUGCUGCUUCUGGAACCUCUUCCAAGUCUUCUGCCAGCGCAUCAGCCUCCGGAAAUGCUGCUGCCAGCGUUCACCAGACCACCACUGGUAUGAUGGGUGCCCUCUUCCUUGGUGCCGUCGGUUACUUCGCUCUCUAA